CAGCGCACGGCGGGGCGCGGCAGACGCUGGGACGCGGCGCACGGAGGGACGCGGCCGGGCGCCCAUGGCGUUCGCGCUGCUGCGCCCCGUCGGCGCGCACGUGCUGUACCCGGACGUGCGGCUGCUGAGCGAGGACGAGGAGAACCGCAGCGAGAGCGACGCGUCCGACCAGUCGUUCGGCUGCUGCGAGGGCCUGGAGGCGGCGCGGCGCGGCCCGGGCCCCGGGGGCGGGCGGCGGGCGGGCGGCGGCGCGGGCCCCGUGGUGGUGGUGCGACAGCGGCAGGCGGCCAACGCGCGGGAGCGGGACCGCACGCAGAGCGUGAACACGGCCUUCACGGCGCUGCGCACGCUCAUCCCCACCGAGCCGGUGGACCGCAAGCUGUCCAAGAUCGAGACGCUGCGCCUGGCGUCCAGCUACAUCGCGCACCUGGCCAACGUGCUGCUGCUGGGGGACGCGGCCGACGACGGGCAGCCGUGCUUCCGGGCGGCCGGCAGUGCAAAGAGCGCGGUCCCCGCUGCCCCCGACGGCGGCCGCCAGCCGCGCUCCAUCUGCACCUUCUGCCUCAGCAACCAGCGCAAAGGGGGUGGCCGUCGUGACCUAGGGGGCAGCUGCUUGAAGGUGAGGGGGAUGGCCCCCCUCCGAGUGCCACGGAGAUGAGCCUAGACCCCUAUGGCAGUUAUUCCACGCAGGACCCCGGAGAAGGAGGCCAGAGGGCAGCCGCUGGUUGAACAGGGGAGAAGACCCCAGGAGCCCAACCCAAACCUCUUUCGUGUUGGGACCUGAGGACCACGGUCUGGGCCCAUGACCCUGUGGGCAGGCUCCCUGGGACAUCUCCACCACACCCCAGAGAGCCAUGAGGACCCAUCCAGCCAGUCCCAGCCCUAGCUGGUCAGAGACAAGGCAGAACUUUUGGAACAACAAAGACUGUUGGUGACAGAGGAUGUGUGCAUAUCUGUGAAUGAGUGUGUGUGUGUGUGUACGUGUGUGUGUGAGAGAGAGAGAAUUGGUGGGUUUAAAAUAAAAAAGUAUUUUUAAAUAAAAGAUAUUCCCAUCUGAAGAAUGGGGGAGGGGGACUCCCGGCAGAGGUCGGAGGUGGCCUCUCUCCUAGACCCUUGACAGAGGCCCAGAUGCCGCAGGUGCUCCCCUGUGCCCUGGAGGGUGUGGGGCCGGGGGACGUCAGGAGGACCCCUCUCCGGAAGUCAGGAUGACUAAACUUUCCCCACAGUCUUCGUGAACAGUCACUAGCUGUCUGAUGUGGUUGGCAAGAAAUGUUAAAUGUAUUUAUUUGUGAAUAAGGGAUGUAUUUAUUCACAUGGUUCACAAGUCAAAAGGUACAAGAGGAAACAUGGUAAAGUUCCCCUCCCUCGUGUCCCCCAGCCACUAGUUCCCCCGCUGCGGGCAGCCUUGGCCACCAGAUUUUGUGAUGUCCCAUUCCCUAUGAAUAACCAAGCAAAUGCAGAAAAAAUAUAUAUGUAUGUAUAUACUUUCUUCCACUCUUUACCCAAAGAGUAGCAUGUCGUCCUUGCUUUCAGCUCCUUUGCACUCUGUUUCCUGAUCUACGUUGGCUGUCAUCCCAAGUCAGCACACAAAGAUAAAGGGUAGCCUCCUUCCUUUAGUAGCUACUUAACUCCACUCGAAUGUGCUAGACUGUAACCUGUCCCUUCUCCGUGUCUUCACAGACAGGGAGCGUGUGCUAAGGGGGAUAUCCUUACCCCUGUUUUAGCUGAGAUGAUUUGGGGGGCCAGUGACACCCAAAGGCAUGUGGCAGGAUGGUGAUGUGAGGUCCGUCCACCCCUAAAGCCUUCCCCUGG